AUGGAUUGGGCGGCGGAUCCACCCCCGUCUUGGGCGGUCUUUCCUCAACAACCGAACGAUUUAAACCAUUACCAAGUCGGCGAUUUGGUGUUUUGCAAAGCGACGAUACGAGCGAUUGAACCGUUUUGGCCGGGGAAACUGAUCGAUCCAAUCGAAGCACCGAGUGCGGUGAGAGCGUCGUGCGUUCCGGAUGCGGUGUGCGUGAUGUUUUACGGCCCGGCGACGAUAAAAAAACACGACCGAGACUAUUGUUGGGCGGUGAAGGAGCAGUUGGCACCGUUCGACGAGGAAAACGCGCGGACGUGUAAGACGCAGGCGUUGCCGAAACGGAUGCGGCCGAGAGCGUUUGAAACCGCGGUGAAGGAGAUUGAGAGGGUAUAUAAGCAGUUUGGGACGGCUAGGUUAGGGUUUGUUGAAGGCGUCGUGAUGCCUCAAAAUCAUUCGGAAGAGGCGCACGAGGAGGAGGACGAGGAGAGAGGCGAGGACGAUACAGACGAAGAGGAUACGGAGGACGAAGAAUACGACGGGACGAACAAUCGAAAGAAGAAGAAGAAUGCGAAACACGCGUCGUCGACGACGGCUCAAAAGAGGAAAUCGGGUGCCGUUGCGGCGAGCACGAGCAGCCACAAGGAUAAGAAACCGAAGAAAUUGAUGAAAAAUGGGCUCCAGUGCGCUUCGUGCGGCGUGAGUUGCGCGAGGAAAGAACUCGACGCGAAGCAGUUUUGUUUGCUGUGCGCGAAAAUGCACGGCGAGGGGCAAUAUUGUCCAUGCUGUGGAAAAGUUUGGCACUAUGCGAACUGUGGGCCGAUGAUUCAAUGCGACACGUGCGAGAUGUGGGUGCACGAUUUGUGCGAUGCGACCGCGGCGGAAAUUUUGAAGAAAGAAGCCGACGCACUCAAAGAAGGAAGAGAAGAGGAAGAGAUUCCGUAUAACUGCCCCACGUGUGCGGCUGGGAAGAUUGAUAAAGAGGCGAUGAAAAUUAAAGCCGCGAGACAGGCGCGAGAGGCGGAGUUAGAGAGGAAAAAGUUACUCUCGCAAAUACCGAAACUCCCAAAGGCGCUCGCGAAAGUAAAAGAUGACGCGAUGAUGCAAUGUGAUGACAUCGAUGUAAACGACACGCACACAGACUUGAUUCAUCAAAGCGACGCAGGUGACAACAAUAUUAAAGCGCAAAACGAUACGAGAAAGGAGUCAAUUCAAGACGAAGGACCUGCUUCCGCCGAGAAUCUCAACAUGUUUUCGCCGCCUCCAGCUAGAGAUGCAUCGAAGCUUUCAACGGAUGUCAACAACAACAACAACAACAACAACAAAAUAAGCUCUCCACCGAGCGCGACGAAAGUUGGAAAGUUACCCAGUCGGCCGAAAACUGCUUGGCAACUCUUCGGUGCUGAUUUUACCGCAAAGUACAAAACGGAAAACCAUCUGGAGCAAAUUUCCAACCACGCGGAGAUGUAUCGGUUGCAAGGCAUGGCCUGGCAGAAACUUUCGGGCUCGGAGAAACAGAGGUACGAGGUGCAGGCGAGCGAAGCGGCGAUGAGAUUUCGAAAUGCGCUUUUAAAAAUGCAGAAGAAUGGUACUUUACAAGCGAGAUUGGCAAAGUCCAUCCCUUCCGUAGACGCGAGAGAACAAGAGAAAAAAUUGAUGUUACAGCAGCAACAGCGCCAAAAUAAAACUCACGCGGAAAAAAUUAUCACCGCGAAUAUAAAGAAAGCGGAGGAGGAAUUAAACGGAUUAGAAGAGGAUGAGGACGAAGAAUCAGUACUACAAGAAGAAAGAGAAGAAAACGCGUUCGAGAAGAAGAAUAAGAAGAAUUCACAGGAGAAGAAGGAGAAGAAAACGACAAAGUUGACGGAGAAAGACGAUGAUCAGGACGCAAACUUAAAAACCAUAUUGGCUGCCAAAGAAGCUCAGCGUGCCGCCGAAAGAAGAGUUGGACUCUCUGGCGUACCGUUUGCGGAGUUUACAAGAAAAUCUCGCGUUGAUUGGUCGCUAGUUCCUAAAGAUCUCAGCGAACGCCCGGAGCGAGUGCAAGUUGUAUGCAACGGCGUCAAAGGCGAUUUUCUGACGCAAGAGUAUCGCGUCGUAUGUUUGUGCUCCAUGUGCCAAGGCCGCGAAGGUUCUUUGACGGCAACAGAGUUUGAAAAGCACGCCGGAAUGGGACAAGCGAAGAAAUGGAAAGCAUCGUUACGGAUGGUUGUUCCGGAACGCAUGCCCGUUGGUCGAUGGCUCGAUGGCGUGCCUGUGAGAAAGUAUAAGGAAAGAACAGAAAAGAAAGAGAAGUUUUCAAAGGCAAUACCGGAAAAGAACAGAAAAGUAGUGGAGGAAGAUCAAGAAAUCGAGGAUUACAAAUCUAUUCAUAUCGCGUGGACGGUGGAUCGAUGCGCCGUGUGUGACGACGAGCGCGAUUUCGAUUUCGAUCAAUUGAUCACUUGCGAAGGAUGUCAAGUUUCUGUGCAUCAAAGUUGCUACGGCGUCCACGAAAUUCCAGAUCAAGCCGUCGGCUGGUUAUGUCGCGCUUGCGAACAUACCGGUGGAGUUGUCUCUGAAACUCCCAAGUGUUGCCUUUGUCCAGUUAUAGGCGGCGCUUUGAAACCAACUACAGUGGACGGUGUGUGGGCGCAUUCGGCGUGCUGCCAAUGGAUUCCGGAAACCACUGUUUUGGACAUCGAAACGAUGGAGCCAAUCGAUAACAUAGCUGCCAUUCAACGCGAACGAUGGGAAUUACUGUGCACCAUUUGCAAACAACGAUGCGGGACGAAAGUGCAGUGUUGUCAUCCUGGGUGCUUUUUAGCGUACCAUCCGCUGUGCGCCCGAGGCGCUGGUUUGUUCAUGGACCAAGGCGACGAGUACGGAAACGCCGACGAAGACCCGGAAGACGAUACCAUGCACCUAAUCAGUUAUUGUCAUCGACAUUGUCGAGUAGACAAGGAACGUCAAAAAAUGUAUGGAUGCGUAGAGGGCAUGCGCUACAGCGAAGAAGGAAACGACGGCGUCAUCGUCAGUGGACCUUGGAUCCAAACUAAAGUCUCAAAGAGAGUUGCAAGAGUGCUUGAAGCCGAAGAAGAAGAACGGAAAAAGCGUGAGCAGCGCGAGCAGGAGAAAAUUACGAACAACAGCGAUUCAGACCUGUCUGAUUCCGAGGGCGACGGUUUGUGCGCGAAAUUGCGUCCAUACAUCCCCAAGGGCCAUCCCCGAACGGAAGCCGACAUCGACGACGACGACGGCGACGUCGUUAAACCGAAAAUCAGAAAGCGAUUAAUACACGAUGACUCUGAUGAUGAACGUGUGUUCGGCGGCAAAGAUUCCGAGGACGAAGAUAGUGACGAGGAUAACGAAGCGCAAAAAGAAAUCGAGGGGCGCGAGAAGAACGAACGAGAGUUGCAGUUAGAAGAAGAGCAGCGCGCGAUUCAGAAACGACGCGAGGAAAGGGAUCAAGAAAAACGGAGAAAGAUUGCGGAAAAGCUCGCCAAGGCUGCCGUGACAAAACCUAAAGCCGAGGCGGAACCAGACGAUAUCAAUGCACCUCCUGUUCUCCCGGGUGGUUUACCGCUGCCUCUAGACAAUGUCGGCGACCCGAAUUUGCCAAAUAUUUCUGUUUCGUGUAAAUCUACAGUCGGAACUUUCCGUCCAGCUGACACGUAUAUCAAAUGCCACUGCGCGCGGUGUGUGCAUAUGGUGAGCGAUUUCGGAAAGGACGCUCCAUCGUUAUGGGAAGCCAACAGGUGGGAACACCAUUGCGGCAUGGGUCACGCGAAAAAAUGGAGAAUCUCCAUUAAAAUUUUACCGGAAGGGGGCGAUCCGUCGAAUCGAACAGAACGAGUCGGGUACGAAACCUUCGGUUCUUAUCUGGAUGAACAUCCACAAAUCACCGUCCUGUCUCGAGCCGGCCGGCCUCUCCCGAAAGGGAAGACAAAACACGUCAAUCUCGAACGCGACCCGAGCUUGCCACCGCUGCCGAAAAAGAAAGCCGUCUAUCCGGUUGGACAACUUGCUCUGAGGAAUAUUGAAAUCGAUUUAGAUAAUUUUGGAAAAAAGGACGACAAGAAGAUGACGAUUGAAGAGAAAGCCAAAAGUCUGGAAGGCAGGCGCAUAGCGAUUGACGCUUCUACGGCGACGUUUAAAGAAUCUAUCUUCGUGAAAGCAACUAUCACUGAAGCCGUCGUGACGAGAACGGGGUGCAGACACAGAUUAAACUUCGACGACGAAGGUGGCUUGAAAGCGAUUAAAACGGACAUGCUGUCGCUGAAUGAUCCAAAGUUUGCUAUCAAGUGGUUAAACGGGGAAACCGAUGAGACGUUACACCACGACGAGUGGCCGGACCUUUCCUUCAUACCCAAAGUUGCCGCAUCGAAGGAUGAAGAUUACACCCAGGAGCGCGCGCAUGCGUUGGCAGCGACGGCUAGGAAACCUGGACCUCCAAAGCCUUCGAAACCGUUAGAUCCGUCGAAAUUCAAAAGCAUUUUUGACGACGACGACGAAGAGAGCGACGACGAAGACCGAGAGUGCGAAGCUUGGGUUCAAUGCGAAAACGACGAUUGUCGAAAGUGGCGAAGAGUACCGCAAUCCGUCGCAGAAGCGUUGGCGAAAGACGACGCGGACGUGUGGACGUGCGAGCGGAACCCGGAACCUAGAUUCGCAGAUUGCGAAAUCGAGCAAGAGUUCUUGGACGAUGAAAUUGAUCGACGAAUUGAGCUGAAAAAGCCGAAGUUUAUGGGCGACGACGACGUGGUGUACGAAAAAGCCAGAGCCGAGAAGCGCCUGAAACGAGAGCAAAGGAAAGAGCUUUUACAAAACAGCUCUAAGAUGAAAGAUUUGGCUAAGAAAGCUGUGGACGACGACGAUGAUUCGUGGCAUCCAGAGCUCCCAAUUGAAGUUUCAGUCGUAUGUCGCAACAUUAUUGGUGAAUACAACACUCGAAAGUCCAUCAUUCGAUGUUUGUGUGAAAAAUGUCAGCCGACACCCGAUGCGCCGCCAGUAUAUCACGACCCGAAAAAGUACGAAGACCACGCUGGAAUGCCAUUUUCGAAAAAAUGGCGCGUUUCGAUUCGUGUUUGCGUUGCUGGUGGUAUUUUGAUGCCUUUAGGUAAAUGGUUGGAAGGAUUCGGCGUUCGACUUUCCAAGAGGAAGAAGAAAAAGAAGAACAAAAAAGCAGACGAGAAUCAACCGUACGGCAUGAAAAAGUUUGGUCAAGGUUUAACUCCGGCACAGUUGCGAGAAAUUCAGUUGAACGUGUAUAGGCGUUUAGGCGUGCAACCUCCUAAAUCGACGGAUUUGUUGAAAGCUAAAAAUCUAGGUCCACCGCCGAAAACUGGGAAGCGACAGUACGUCGGUUUGCAGCCGUACAUCGUGAGAGGCACGCGAGGUGGUUUGCAUCGAGCGCUGGUCACCAGUCGGUCGUACACCCCCGAGGAGUGGAGAGAGAAGUACAUAAAAUCGCAAGCCGCCAGAAAACUCGGCGGCGAGCACGGAGCCAGCGUGCCAAAUAAAGGCCCUCUCGAGGGUACUGGCUUAUCGUUAAAAGAGCGCAUGCUCGAAUGUACAAACACGGUCAAGAAACGGUUAACGUUUGGGAAAUCGGCCAUCCACGGUUGGGGGUUAAUUUCAAAAGUUCCAAUCAAAGCCGGCGCGAUGGUCAUCAUCUACCGUGGUGAAGCCGUUCGAACUCCCAUCGCGGAUCUCCGCGAAGCACGUUACGAACGUGACGGUACCGAUUGCUAUCUCUUACGCGCGGACGACCACACCGUUGUAGAUUGCACCAACAUGGGGAACAUCGCUCGAUUUACGAAUCAUUCCUGCGAUCCAAACAUGUACACGAAAAUCAUCAAAUCCGGCGGUGAACACCACGUUUGUUUUUUUACACGGGUCGACGUCCCAGCAGGAACGGAAAUGACGUACAACUACCGCUUUGAAAUAGAAGACGGUAAAGUGCCGUGCUAUUGCGCCAGUCAUAACUGUCGAGGAUAUUUAGCGUAA